UUCUGGUCGGCUCUUUAACUCGGAACACACAUUGCUAGAUAAAAAUGUUUUUCGUCUGCCGAUAAGACAGGCGUAGACUUGCACGUAGUACACACUCAUGAUGAAUAAUUACUGGAGUACACAGUGUAUAAAUUACUGAGAAUAUGUCCUCUGAGAGAUCCGAUGGAGAAGUCGGAUGUGCUUUGGUAAACAAUUUUCCAUUAGCUCAGCUACCGCUCGAAAGAGGCGCCUUGUUACGAGGUUACGAUCGUUGACAUGGACGCAGAAUCCUAUCGGGAUGAACCUUGGUAAUCCUUGGUAAUGAUGUUCAACUGUCGGGGAUAUACUUUGCGAGUAUCCUCGUUUUCGUCUUCCCGAACUGUUCCGUAAUCGAUUUAGAAGGAUAUUUUGUGAGCUGCAUAAAAAGCCGCAGGAAGUCACAUAAGGAAUAGUGCGCACUCAGAGAUGUUAGAAGUGGGUCUGAGAGUAGUUCGUGGACCAGAUUGGAAGUGGGAUAACCAAGAUGGUGGCGAAGGACAUGCAGGUACUGUUGUCGAAAUUGGGAAACCUCCAUCUUUCGGAAGUUCUGCCUCUAGUCCAAAUCCCUCGGAUAGAACACCAGAUAAAACAGUUAUCGUCCAGUGGGAUCAUGGAUCUAGAAGUAAUUACAGAAUCGGAUACCAAGGAGCAUACGAUUUAUUGGUGUUCGACAAUGCAGCUACCGGCGUUAAACACGCAAACAUUAUCUGUGAUGGGUGUAAAAGACACGGGAUAAUUGGUAUUAGAUGGAAGUGUGCACAAUGCUCUGAUUAUGAUUUGUGCACUCAAUGCUACAUGGCCGAUGUGCAUGACUUAAGUCAUACUUUCCAAAGAUUUCAAACAGCUAACUCUGUAGGGAUCCAAAUGUCUCCAAGAGAAGGCUGUACUAAAAUACCUUUAAAGGGAAUAUUUAUCGGGGCAAAGGUUAUACGUGGUCCAGACUGGGAAUGGGGAAAUCAAGAUGGAGGUCGAGGAAAAACUGGCAGAGUUAUGGACAUACGUGGUUGGGACAAUGGAAGUAGUCGUUCAGUGGCAACUGUGACAUGGUCUAAAGGUAGCUCGAAUGUCUAUCGUCUUGGGUAUAAAGGUUGCGUAGAUUUGUGUUAUGUAGAAGAAGCUACAACUGGUUCAUAUUAUAAAGAACAUCUUCCACUUGUUGGUCAACCAAUAAUGACUGUGUCUGAUAAUGGAAAUAACGUAACACCAACUAGGGGUGGUAUUUCUUCUACUGUGUCUAGUCCACGUCACUCAACAUUUAUUGUUGGGCACAAAAUAAAAGUAUCGGUUGACGUAGAAACGUUAAAAGAAAUGCAAGAAGGCCAUGGUGGUUGGAAUCCACGUAUGGCCGACUAUAUAGGAAAGGUUGGUAGAGUUCAUCGUAUCACGGACAAAGGAGAUGUUCGCGUACAAUUCGAAGGAUGCAACAACAGAUGGACUUUUCAUCCCGGUGCACUUAUAAAUGUUACGAGCAAAGACACAUUUUCUCUGGGUGACAUAGUCAGAGUAAAAACUGAUUUAGCUGCGGUUAAGCUAUAUCAAAGAGGUCAUGGAGAGUGGAUAGAUGUGAUGAAAAACGCUCUAGGAAAGACUGGAAAAGUAAUCAAAAUAUAUUCGGAUGGAGACCUGCGGGUUGCUCUUGAUGGUUAUACGUGGACAUUCAAUCCAUUGAGUGUCAACCUUGUUCCUCCUGGAACCGAAACUGUUUCUCUACAGGAUGAAUCAAAUCGGAGCAGAGACUGGUCGGCCGAUAGCGUAGAUACAGAAGUUGAGAAACUAUUACGAGAUGCAGCCAGGGGCGAAGCAGGCGUAUCUGCGGUUCAAGAGUUUCUCAAGAAAUACCCCGGAAGAGUAGACGCCAGGGCUGGUGGUCCUGGCAGUGGCAAGAAAACAUGUCUGCAAGUCGCAGCGCAUCAAGGACAACGUGAUCUUUGCAUUCUUCUUCUAGAUGCUGGUGCAUCCCUACGAGCGGUAGACGAGGAUGGAGACACUCCUCUUCACUACGCUGCAUUCGGCAAUCAACCAGAUAUAAUGGAGUUGCUUCUGUCUCGCGGUGCACCGAUCAAUGCCAUGAAUAAUGGCAAGUGCAGCGCCCUGCAUGUCGCCGUGAACAAGAAACACGUGCUCUGUGUGAAGGUCCUGUUACGUCACCAAUGCGACGUUAAUUUGCAAGACUCGUACGGAGACACUGCGUUACACGAUGCCAUUGGAAAGGACGCCAUUGGUAAAGACUUCUUGGACAUAAUCGACGCUCUGUGCUCGUGCGAAAGGGUCGACUUCACCUUGCGAAACAAACGAGGUUUCAACGUGUUGCAUCAUGCCGCCUUGAAGGGCAAUGCUCACGCGACGGAAAAAUUAGUAGCGCGAGCAAGGCAUCUAGUGGACGUGAAGAAAGAGGACGGCUUUGCGGCGCUACAUCUUGCGGCCUUGAACGAUCACAGAGACGUGGCGGCUAUACUUCUUUCUCCAACUGGUGGCCACGCGAAGGUGGAUUUACGAAAUAACCGUCGUCAAACGCCGUUGCACCUAGCCACCUCGCAGGGUCAUUGGGCUCUGGUGGAGUUGUUGGUGCAUCACAAUGCAGACAUUACUAGUACAGAUGCGGACGGUGACACGGUGCUACAUAUUGCUAUAGUGAAAAGCUCGAAUCAAACGAACGUUGUUCCUACGCCUGAAAGCUGUCGAGAUUCGCCUCUUAUUUAUGCCAUAUGGCAAAAUUUAACAAGACAGGGUACAAAGACAGAAUUGGCUUUGGCUUGUUUCUUGGUGAGCGUGGAUAGAAGUUACACUCUUCUGGAGCAUGUGAGGAACUCCAAGAACAAGACGCCUCUCGAUCUGCUUGAAGCGGAUCCACAGAUUAACUCGUACGGUGAUCUUUUGCGCUCUCACCAGUACCAGAGCCACAGUACCCAGUUAGAGAUAGAAAAUGCUCCCGCCUCGCAGCCCGCUAUGUACGAGAUAGAUCCAACGUCACAGUCUGAAGCAGUGCGUGGAACGAGGAAGGGUAUACCCGGUUCUGGUGACGCCACCGAAUGCCACAGUUGUUCCGGUACAGUAGCAAAUGCUGGCAAGGAAGGGAAUAGAUUUAAUCCUAGCAGUAGCGUCACGAUUUUCAACUGUACGCAUUGUGGCAAUGGAACUGCAAAAACACCAGCGAAUCAAGGGGUGGAUGGCCAGUCAGCGACGGGUGAGAUAGCUCUGACGAAACCGGAAGACAAGGUAAAAGAUGACACGCUGGACGAUAAGAAGAAAGAGGAAGACGAGGACAAGGAAAAGGAUAAAGAUAAAGAUUUAGAGCGAUUGCGUUACCUAGAAACUAGAGUAGCCGAUUUAGAGGAAGCAAAUAUGUGUAGCAUCUGUAUGGAACGUCGUCGUAACGUUGCCUUUUUAUGUGGACAUGGGGCUUGUGAACAUUGUGCGGCACCAUUGAAAACUUGUCAUAUGUGUCGCAAAGUUAUCACGAAAAAAAUUAAUUUAUACUAGACAAUCAAAAAUGAAACGCGUGGACGUAUAUACCUUCGUGUUUUUUUUUAAACAAAAUAUUGAUUAAAAGUUUAAAAGGUAUUGCAGAGUACACGAUAUUGGCCUGUAAAAUUAUGUUAUUGCAUUCAAACUAGCAGAGUAUACACUUUUCUUUUUUUUUUAUUUUUCUUCAAUUAGGUCUUAAUGCCGCACUAACGUUGUGCCAUAAUGGAUAAAAUCUGUGAACAAGUCGUACAGCAAAUGACGUAUUUAAGUAAAUACAAGACGUCGAGUUUUAUUUUUUUUUUUUUUUUCUUCGAUUUUAUAAAAUGAACGUUGUUUCGCGUAUUCGAACGGGUACGCGAUGCAUAUUAAUCGUGCAUUUUCCUUCAUUCCGAAGGGAACUUCGCUUGUUGUAAAUCCCGUCCAUUUUUUAUUACCAUUUGAAAAUACGAGUAUCUUAUAAGAACGAACUUUCUUGUAUUAUAUGUAUUUCACAAGCCACUUUAUCAAGUGCCCUGAGACGUUGCCAUAACGAAAUGGUGAAUUUGCGCUGCAUUUUAAACUAACAUUUUGGACCUCUAUUUUGAUAAAGUCACACGUUAAAUAUCGCAAAACCGUGUAAAUGAGUAAACUUCGAAGUUUUCGUACAUACCGUACAUAUCGUAAAUAUCUUUACACGAUAUAUAUAUAUACAUAUAUAUAUAUAUACUGUAUAUUAUUUUAAAUCUUAGAGUACGCGAUGGUUUCUAUUGUUUUGUAUGUAAUAUCAAUGUGACAGUAGCAACGGUAUAUAAGACUUAGUACGUACGUAAUAAAGGAUAUCGAAUGAUAUUGCUUCUAGCCAAAAGUAAAUAGGUAUACAAAAAAUUACACUUACCAAGUAAUUUAUAAACAGUCAUUUUGUGAUUGAAUAAUAAAGAAAAUAAUCGAUUACCGCUAAGAACAAUUCUUCAUUAUAAACAUGUGCCACGAUGAAACGAAGUUUCCAGUACAAAUUUUUCACAGAUACAAUUGUAAAAAAACGAGCAAAUAGCAAAAUUGGCACGUCAUUAUUAUCCAAUGAAAAUAACAGUU